AGCAAAUGAAAGGCUAGCGUUGACGCUACGAUUUUUAGCCUGGGAGAUCGUUUGAGGAUCUAAUCAUUUCUUCUACAACCAUAAGUGAAAUUGUGAUGGAGGUUUGCAACGCCAUAAUUGAAUUAUUGGCAGACUACAUCAAAAUACCAUUAACCAGAGACGAAUGGGAGAAAGUAGCAAAUGAUUUUGGGGCAAAGUGGCAAUUUUGGAACUGCCUUGGGGCAAUAGACGGAAAACACGUUCGCAUUAUUAAACCAGCGAAUUCCGGAUCAAGGUACUAUAAUUACGAGGGCACCCACAGCAUCGUUUUGAUGGCGAUUGUAGAUGCUAAUUAUAAUUUUAUAAUGGUUGAUGUUGGCACUAACGGACGGGUAUCGGAUGGAAGAGUUCUUUACAAUGGCGAUUUUUGGGAAAUGUUUCAAAACAAUUGGUUGAAUAUUCCUGAUGCCUCAAAACUGCCAAAUACCGACGAAAAAAAAUUUCCUUACGUUUUUAUAGGGAAUGAUGCCUUUGCGCUGAGCGAACAAUUAUUGAAGCCAUUUAGCCAAGAGGAUUUUAUCAGUGACAAACCGAAUUUUUAAUUACCGAUUGUCACGGGCUCGCCGAGUAGUUGAAAACGCAUUUGGCAUACUUGUUACUCGAUUUGGUGUAUUUCAAAAAGCUAUAAAUUUAUCACCAGAAAAGGCCACCGUUGUUGUUUUAGCCUGCUGCUAUCUACACAAUUUUUUAAUGAAAACAGCAAAUACAAAUAAUUAUUAUAAUAAUAGAUUAAAUGUAGAAAACAAGGAAACAGGGGACGUCGUUAUUGGCACAGACAGAUUCGAACAUACAUUGAAUGGGCUUCGUUUAGGAUCAUAUCGAAAUGCAUCAAAAAACGCUAAGCAAGUUAGGGAACGCUUUAGGAACUACUUAAAUAAAGAGGGGCAAGUGGAUUGGCAAAGAAAAAUAUUGAA